AUGGCAAGAUUUCCUUUACCUCGGCCUCCAGAACCAGGGAUUUACGGGCGGGACAAAGAUGACUUCAGGUCAAGUGACCCACCUUUCGUGCGCAAUAUCCACUGCGCCAAGCGCCGGGCUGCAGAGCACGAGACUGCAGCCGCUCCGCCCGCGCCGUCGCACACCUGCCCGCGCUGCACCCCGCACCCGCGCCUCUCCAGCCCCGCAGCUCCGUCCAUCAUGCUGCGCCCGAGGCCCCACAGCCCCAGCGCUGACCCCGCGCCCAGCCCUGCCAAGCGCCGCCGCCUCCACCAGGAGCCCGCGCGCCCCGAGCCCCUGGCUCAGCCCGAGCUGGAAGCGCCCGCCGGGCCCGCCACCAGCGCGCUCACCUCCGUGGUGUUCCUGGCCGCUGGCUGCGCCCUGCAGCUGUGCCUGGAUGGCGUCGACCUGCUGCUGGAGCCUGAGCCCACUUCGGUCCUGCAAGUGUCGCUCCAAGGACACACCAUCCUCCUGGUCCCCGAGGGACUCCAAGCCUCCACCUAUUUUGGACAGCCUGGAUUCGUGGCCACCAGCCCGCAGGGAGUCGCUCCUCAGGACGUACCCCAGGAAACCUGUGAGUACUUCUACCAAGAGGAUGUCUGUGAUGAGGGUGCAGACUUGGACUUCCUGGCGUCCUGGGCUAGGCCUCCAGAUGGCCAGGCCGCCGGGAGCCUUUCCUCCAUCACAGGGGUGCCCAGUCCUUGGUCUCAGGAGCCUGUCCCAGAGUCUUCCACUGGAGCGGAGCGAUAUUCUUUGAGGUUCAUCUGGGAAUUGGACAACUACCUGCUGGGACCCUCCCCUGGCUCAACAUUGCAACCUCUACCUCCAUCUCCUCCCUGGAGUCCCCAAGAGCAGCUUCCGCCACACACCCCCUGCUUUUCCCGCUCUCCCCGGACCCCUUGCAAGGCCCGGAAGCGACUGGUCUAUGAAUGAACUGCCCUGCACAAAUCCUUAAGGGGCUUCUCUACCCCUAGUUGCAAGGCACUUAGUCGCCUGUGAUCAGAAUAAAACUCUUGCUGACCCAAAGGACUCUUUCCGAGGCCCUAAAGCUUCCUAGAAAUCCAAGUGGUAAAAUCCCCAGCACUCUCUGUUUCUUCUCUAACCAAGAAGUUAAUAGGUGUCGUGUCUUAAGCUCAUGGUGUCCUUUAAUGUUCCCCAUGAAUUUUUGAGGAUUUGGACACAACGUAUCUACCUCUUUGUUGUUUCGAGCU